UUAAUAAAGUUUUGGUUUUGUUUAUUUGUUUUGUUGUGAUAAUUUGUAACAAAUUAAAUUUACUUUCUUUCCCUAGCGUAUUAGUUUCCAUGUUAAAAAUAAAUAAAUAAUUAAUUAUGAAUAACAAAAUACUAUGUAGGAUUUGUUUGACCCAUUCUGUUGAUCAUACAAAUAUGUUUAAUAUUUUCUCAAAAGAAGACAAAGUGAUGAUUUCUACGAAAUUAAUGCUCAUCGCAAAAAUAGAGAUUUAUUCAGAUGAUGGUUUACCUACCAUGAUAUGUUCUAAGUGCCUUACACUUCUAAACAAUUGUCUCGACUUCAUUGAUUUGUGUCGAGUGUCUGACCAACAACUACGGGCUUCCCUCAAAAAUAAGUUGGAACUAACUAAUCAUCAGACUGACACAUAUGAUUCUGUAAAUAGUGAUGAUGAUUCCAUGAAAAUUGAACAGAACUCCACAGAUGAGGGCACAAUUUAUGAUAGUAAAGUUAUAGCUAAAAUUCCCAAAAAUAUUGAUAAAAAGAAGAGAGGAAAAAAGCAACAAUGCUCUAUUUGUGGGAGAGUCAUGUCAUCAUCAUAUCGACUCAAAACACACUUGGUUACACACUCUGGAACUCGUCCGUAUUCUUGUCCCCACUGUGGAAAACAUUUCUCGCUUCCAGAGAACCUCAAAGUUCACCUAAGGACUCAUACAGGUGAAAAGCCACUUAGUUGUUUGAUAUGUGGCGAAUCUUUCGCCCAAUCUUCAGGGCUGAUAGCCCACAGGAGGAAACAUACUGGACAGCUGCCAUACCAAUGUAAACUAUGUCCACGCAGUUUUCGAACAAUAGGACAUUUGCAGUAUCAUACAAAAAGACACACGGGUGAAAAGAAAUUCGAAUGCGACACAUGCGGUCGAGGGUUCAUCACGCGAGGUGACUUGAAGCAGCACAUAGCAACCCACACGGGUGAUCGCUCUCAUGUCUGCACUAUAUGCGGCCUGCGACUUACUCGGGCUUCCAACCUUAAGAGACACAUUCACCAGUUACAUAGUCGCGCUGAAACUACCUUUAGCAACUCGAAGACUGAAAAAGAUAAUCAAAAAAUACGUAACGAUAGGUUUAAAGAGACAGAAGCAAAAUAA